UAUACGUACAUCAAUAUGAUAUAUAUAAUUGCUUUGUCGGUGAUAGCAGGUGCUUUAAGCCUUUAUUAUUUUCUCUUCAAAGAUUUAAAUUAUUUUAAAAAAUAUGGCAUACCACAUAAGACACCUCUUCCGAUAGUGGGAAAUAUGGGACCAAUGUUUUUGCGUCUUCAGUCGUUAUCCGAUUUGGUCAAGACUACUUAUAACUUACAUCCUGAAGCCAAGUACGUUGGUAUGUUUGAUAUGAACGUUCCAAUUGUGGUGAUUCGCGAUCCCGAGCUUAUUAAAUCCAUCGCAUUAAAACACUUCGAUAAUUUUAUGGAUCAUCGCAGUUUUAUAAAUGAAAAUCAAGAUCCACUAUUCGGCAGAAACCUUUUUGCUCUUCGCGGAGAAAAGUGGCGACAGGUACGAUCUUUAUUGAGUCCAGCCUUUACAUCGAGCAAAAUGAAAAACAUGUUUAAGCUAAUGUCGGAUUGUGGUGUCAAUUUCGGUAAUUAUUUGGCGCAAUUGCCACCGGAGCAGAGGAUACUGGAAAUGAAAGACGUCUUUACGAGAUAUACUAACGACGUGAUUGCUACUUGCGCUUUUGGUGUCAGUGUUGAUUCUACGAAAAACCCGAAAAAUGAAUUCUAUAUAUAUGGUAAAGAAGCGACAGUUUUUAACACUACUGCUUUCAUAAAGUUUUACAUAUUUAGAAGCUUGCCUUGGUUGGCACGCUUAAUUAACUUGAAGAUCAUUCGUCAAAAAAUAACAGAUUUUUUCCGAGACCUUAUAGAAACUACUAUAAAAGCCAGGGAUGAAAAUGGUAUCGUUCGUCCUGACAUGUUGCAAUUGAUGAUGGAAACCCGAGGUAAAGAGGGCAAAGCAGAAUUAAGUUCCGAUGAUAUGGUAGCACAGGCAUUUGUUUUUUUCUUUGCUGGCUUCGAUAGUACUUCAACUUUAAUGAGUUUUGCCGCUCAUGAACUCGCAAUAAACCAAGAUAUACAAGACAAACUUCGAAAGGAAAUCGAUCAAGUUUUGGAAGAAACGAAUGGACAAGUACCUUACGAAGCGAUUAAUGGCAUGGAAUAUUUAGAUGCUGUAAUCAACGAAGCUCUCAGGAUGUAUCCGAUUGCAGUAGCAAUGGAUAGAAUAUGCGCAAAAGAUUUUGAGUUGCCGCCAGCAUUACCAGGAUUGAAACCAUUUGUUGUAAAGAAAGGACAAGGUAUAUGGAUACCGGCUUAUGGACUUCAACAUGAUCCUAAUUACUUUAAGGAGCCGGAAAAGUUUGAUCCCGAACGGUUUCUUGGUGAGCAGAAGAAGGACAAUCUCAACUGCGGAGCUUAUCUUCCUUUUGGUCUUGGUCCCAGGAUGUGCAUAGGUAACAGAUUUGCAUUAUUGGAGACAAAGGUUAUACUUUUUCAACUACUGGCCCGUUGCGAUUUAAAAACCUGCGAGAAGACACCAAUUCCAAUCAAAAUCGCUAAGGACAGCUUCAAUAUGAAACCUGAAGGCGGUUUCUGGCUGAAGGUGUUAUCAAGAAAAGAUAUAUACGCAUCACACUCUUGCAACUAAUCUCGUAAAUGGAACACGCUAAAUAUAAAAUGAAAACAAUGAAAACUCAAAUGAACAUGGUACAGAAUGUUUCUUUUUGUACGGAAGAAGACGUUGCUGCAAGUUCAAGAAAUAACAAUCUUCGAUAUAUUAAACGUAUUAAUUAUAUUAUGUAAGUUUCUUAGAAAAUGACAAAAGAAAACAGCAUGAAA